AUGGCGCUGGGCGCGUGGCCGCGACCCGCGCCCCUGCUGGGGCUGCUGGCCCUCCUGCUGGCGGGGCUGCUGGUGACGUGGCGCUCUUGGAGCGGCGACGUGCGAAGCGCGGCCUCGUCCGUCGUGCGGGUCCGGGUCCUCGACCCCUUGCGGCCUUGGGCGCGGUCCCACGGCUCUGGCUUCGUCUGGGACUCCUGGGGCCACAUCGUGACCAACAGCCACGUGAUCCAGGGCGCGGCGCUGGUGUCGGUGCAGCUUGCCGACGGCAGCGAGCGGCGCGCGCGCGUGGUGGGCAGCAGCCCUGACUGCGACCUCGCAGUACUGGAGGUCCUGGACGGGACCCCCGCGCUCCCCCCGCCCCUGCCGCUGCUGCGGCGGCCGCUCCGCGCGGGCACCCACGUGACCACCGUUGGGCACCCGGGCCACUGGCUGGCGCUCCUGGGCGACGGGGUGGUGUCGGCGGUCGGGCGGCGCAGCAGCCGGCUGACCGAGAGGUUGGGGUCUGGCGGCGGGCUGCGGCGCUUCCAGCGCUGGUGCGCCGUUGACGGCUUCGUCAUCUCGACGGCCGCGGGCGGUCCUGGCAGCAGCGGCGGUCCGUUGCUGACCGCUGGCGGCCACGUGGCGGGCGUCGCCACAUGGAUGUUCGACGGCGGCAGGCAGCCGCGGAUCAUGGUGGCCAUCGGCGUGGACGUGCUGAGGCGGGUGGUGCCGGCGCUGGUGGAGCGCGGGGAGUACCUCGGUCCGCGCGCGGGCGUCGAGGGGCGCCUGGCGUCCGCCCGCCUCCGCCUCCCCAGCCUGCGCGGCAACGCGCUGCUAGGGCUGCGCGGCGAGGGCGUCCGCCUGUGGAUGCCCCCGGGGGGCGCCGCCCGCGCCGCGGGCCUGAGGUGUUUCGACGAGAUCCUGCAGGUGGGGUCGGCCAAGCCGCAGCACCCCGCGGACGUCCUCCAGGCGGUGCAGCAGAGCCGCCCAGGCUCCUCGCUGGAGGUGGCCUUCCGCCGGGCCGGAGGCCGUCCUCAGCGCGCGCUGCUGCAGGUCGGCAGCUCCCGCGCCGGCGCGCCAGCGCGCCUGGCCGGGGAAGCGCUCCGAGCCGCGCUGAAGGCCUACGCCCUCAGCAGGUUCGCGCGCUCGGUCGCGGACACCGCGCGGCAGGUGCGGGGGGACCUGCAGGCCCUGCGGGGCGCCAUGGCCGAGCUCCUGCCCGGCACGGGCCGGGAUUCCCUCGAGCGGGGGGAGCAGGUGCUGUCGAUGGUGGCCCGGGGCUUGCUCGAGUGGCCGCGCUCGCUGUGCUCCGCAUUCGCAGAGGGGCGUGCCUGCCGGCGCGGGCCCGGCGCCCAUGCGUCAUGGGGGGGCGUGGGGUCCGCGCGUCAGUGCCGCCAGCGCUGCGAGUCGCGGGAAGCGGUGGCGGCGGUGUCCUGCUGCAUGUACGCGCCUGAGGACAAGUCCUGCCACCUGUCGGCGGCGCCGAACGCGUCCACGGCGUUCGAGGGCCGACCCGGCGUGGGUUCCGCGGCGGUGUGCCGGGCGAUCCCCCCCCCAAGCCGGGAGGCCUAG